AUGAAUUGCACUGAAGAAAGAGAUUUUCAUUUUUCGCCUCUUUCUCUCCCAUUUCAUUUUCAUCUUCUGCUCUUCUUUGGGAUUUUAGUGAUUUAUUUGGUAUCUGUGUCGGGAAACUUGCUUCUUAUUGGUCUGGUGUACGCGGUACCUCUGCUCCACACCCCAAUGUACUUCUUCUUGUGUAACCUCUCUGUGCAGGACAUCGUCUACGUGUCGGCCACUCUCCCGAAAUUUUUAUCUGUUACAAUAUCCGGUGAUUCCGGAAUUCCUUUCUCAGACUGUAUGAUGCAGAUGUUUUUCUUCACCUUUUGUGUUGGAGCUGAGUUCUGUCUCCUGGCGUUUAUGGCUUAUGAUCGUUAUGUAGCUAUUUGCGUCCCUCUCUGCUAUACCACCAUCAUGAACCCGAACUUGUGUGUCGCAUUGUGUUCCGUCGCCUGGCUUGUCGGCUUUUGCAAUUCCUUCGCCCAUGCCGUGAUACUUUCCAACUUAUUUUUUUGCCGUUCCCGAGUUAUCAGCCAUUUCUACUGUGACCUGAAGACCAUGAUAGAGCUUUCCAGCAGCGACAUCACUAAGAUUCAGACAAUGGUGUCCGUAGAAUGCAUAUUUUUGGGGGUGAUUCCAUUUGUGUUGAUUUUAUCUUCAUAUACAUGUAUAAUAGUUACUAUUGUCAACAUUCAAAGCCCAGCAGGGAGGUGGAAGACUUUCUCCAGCUGCUCCUCCCAUCUCAUCAUCCUCAUAUUGUUCUAUGGACCGUCUCUCGGUUCCUACUUGAUCCCGCAGUCUGAACACUCCAAGCAACAGAACAAGAUGCUUUCCUUGCUGUACAUAGCACUUGUUCCAAUGUUAAAUCCUCUGGUUUAUAGUUUGAGAAACAAACAGGUUUUCAGAGCUGUGGAACUCCUAAUAGAAAGAUAUCGCAAAUAUUAA